ACUUUCAUGUUGCAGCCGCAGUCCCCUGCUAACUUGUCAGCAGCAGGAUAUGAUUCACUUGGGCCCAGAAGAAUGGAACAGAGAGGCGGGUUAGGCGGUUCAAUAAAGCCCACGGACAGGCACGCUUUGUGCCCACCCCACCUCCAAAUCGCCUUAAUUACAAGUCAGAGGGCAGGCUUAGUGAACAAGACUGGCAAGCACAUUUCAAGGUCCCAUGUUGCGGGGUUGAUGCAUCUCAACUUGAGUCAGAAGAGGCAGAAGUGGAUGUGAGAGAAAGAGAGACACAGAGAGACAGAGAGCCAAAGAGGGCAAGAGACUUGACUUUAAGAGACUCCUGUACUGACAACUCCAUGCAGUUCGGAACCAGAACGACUCCGGCUGAACCAGGGUUCAUGGGGACAUGGCAAAACGCUGAUACUAACCUCUUAUUCAGAAUGUCCCAACAGGUUCCACUGGCAUGUGCUGGCAGAGUGCUGGGUGCAGACUUCUGCCCAGACCUGGAGGAACCAGACCAGAGGCUGGAAGUCCAGGCCAUCCGUUGCACGCUGGUAAACUGCACAUGUGAAUGUUUUCAGCCGGGGAAGAUUAACCUGAGGACUUGCGAUCAGUGUAAACAUGGCUGGGUGGCACAUGCCUUGGAUAAGCUCAGCACGCAGCACCUGUACCACCCCACCCAAGUGGAGAUUGUGCAGUCCAACGUGGUGUUUGACAUCAGCAGCCUGAUGCUCUACGGGACGCAGGCAGUACCUGUGCGGCUAAAGAUCCUGCUAGACCGGCUCUUCAGUGUCCUGAAGCAAGAGGAAGUGCUGCAUAUCCUGCAUGGCCUGGGCUGGACUCUGAGGGACUACGUCCGGGGAUACAUCCUUCAGGAUGCUGCCGGCAAGGUGCUGGACCGCUGGGCCAUCAUGUCUCGAGAAGAGGAAAUCAUCACCCUUCAGCAGUUUCUGCGGUUUGGAGAAACCAAAUCCAUUGUGGAGCUGAUGGCAAUUCAGGAGAAAGAAGGGCAGGCCGUGGCUGUACCAUCUUCAAAGACAGACUCAGAUAUAAGGACUUUCAUUGAGAGCAAUAAUCGCACCAGGAGUCCCAGCCUCCUUGCUCACUUAGAGAACAGCAAUCCUUCCAGCAUUCAUCAUUUUGAAAACAUCCCCAACAGCCUUGCGUUUCUGCUUCCGUUCCAGUACAUAAACCCUGUCUCGGCCCCUCUGCUGGGGUUGCCUCCAAAUGGGCUACUUUUAGAACAACCAGGACUGAGGCUGCGGGAACCAAGCCUUUCAACCCAGAAUGAAUAUAACGAGAGCAGUGAGUCUGAAGUCUCUCCCACACCUUAUAAGAAUGAUCAGACACCAAAUAGAAAUGCUCUGACCAGCAUCACCAAUGUGGAGCCCAAAACCGAGCCAGCCUGUGUCUCCCCCAUUCAGAAUUCUGCCCCAGUCAGUGAUCUCACCAAAACUGAACACCCCAAAAGCUCAUUCCGGAUUCACCGGAUGAGAAGGAUGGGGUCAGCCUCCAGGAAGGGAAGAGUGUUCUGUAAUGCAUGUGGGAAGACUUUCUAUGACAAAGGUACUCUCAAAAUUCAUUAUAAUGCUGUCCAUCUGAAGAUCAAACAUCGAUGCACCAUCGAAGGCUGCAAUAUGGUCUUUAGCUCCCUCCGAAGCCGAAAUCGUCACAGUGCAAACCCCAACCCUCGCCUUCACAUGCCUAUGUUAAGAAAUAACCGAGACAAAGAUUUAAUUCGGGCCACAUCAGGAGCUGCCACCCCUGUCAUAGCAAGUACAAAAUCAAAUCUCACACUCACGAGUCCUGGCCGGCCCCCAAUGGGUUUUACCACUCCCCCACUAGAUCCCGUCUUACAAAAUCCUCUCCCUAGCCAGCUGGUAUUUUCUGGGCUAAAGACUGUACAGCCAGUUCCUCCAUUUUAUAGAAGUUUACUCACUCCAGGGGAAAUGGUGAGUCCUCCAACCUCCCUCCCAACCAGUCCCAUCAUUCCAACCAGUGGUACCAUAGAGCAGCACCCCCCACCACCCUCUGAGCCAGUAGCGCCAGCAGUGAUGAUGGCCACCCAUGAGCCUAGUGCCGACCUGGCACCCAAGAAAAAGCCCAGGAAGUCAAGCAUGCCUGUCAAGAUUGAGAAGGAAAUUAUUGAUACCGCUGAUGAGUUUGAUGAUGAAGAUGAUGACCCCAAUGAUGGCGGAGCUGUAGUCAACGACAUGAGCCAUGACAAUCAUUGCCACUCUCAAGAGGAGAUGAGCCCAGGCAUGUCUGUGAAGGACUUUUCUAAGCAUAACAGGACCAGGUGCAUUUCAAGGACUGAAAUAAGAAGGGCCGACAGCAUGACUUCUGAGGACCAGGAGCCUGAGCGGGACUAUGAAAAUGAAUCUGAGUCUUCAGAGCCCAAACUGGGUGAGGAAUCCAUGGAAGGGGAGGAGCACAUUCACAGUGAGGUGAGUGAAAAAGUCCUGAUGAGCAGUGAGCGGCCUGAUGAGAACCACAGUGAGCCCUCUCACCAGGAUGUCAUCAAGGUGAAGGAAGAAUUCACAGAUCCCACUUAUGACAUGUUUUACAUGAGCCAGUAUGGACUGUACAAUGGUGGGGGGGCCAGCAUGGCUGCCCUGCACGAAAGUUUUGCAUCGUCUCUGAAUUAUGGCAGCCCUCAAAAGUUCUCCCCAGAAGGUGACCUGUGUUCUAGCCCAGACCCCAAAAUCUGUUACGUGUGCAAGAAAAGUUUCAAAAGCUCCUACAGUGUGAAGCUUCACUACAGAAAUGUUCACUUAAAAGAGAUGCACGUCUGCACAGUGGCUGGCUGCAACGCUGCCUUCCCCUCGCGUCGAAGCAGAGACAGAAACAGAAAUUUACGGAUGGAAAGAACCAUAGGUCCAGGACAUCGAGACAGCCUGCAUCUCCGUAGACACAGUGCCAACAUAAAUCUGCAUCGUAAACUGUUGACCAAAGAACUCGAUGACAUGGGCCUGGACUCAUCACAGCCUUCCCUUAGCAAGGACCUCCGGGAUGAAUUUUUAGUGAAGAUCUAUGGUGCCCAACACCCCAUGGGGCUCGAUGUCAGGGAAGAUGCCUCCUCUCCCGCAGGGACUGAAGACUCCCACCUGAACGGGUAUGGGAGAGGCAUGGCCGAGGACUACAUGGUCCUUGAUCUGAGCACCACCUCCAGCCUCCAGUCGAGCAGCAGCAUCCAUUCCUCCAGAGAAUCUGAUGCAGGCAGCGACGAGGGGAUUCUUCUCGACGACAUUGACGGGGCGAGUGACAGUGGGGAGUCUGCACACAAGGCUGAGGCCCCCGCCCUCCCUGGCAGCCUAGGGGCUGAAGUUUCAGGAUCUCUUAUGUUCAGCAGCUUGUCUGGGAGCAAUGGUGGGAUCAUGUGCAACAUUUGCCACAAAAUGUACAGCAACAAGGGGACUCUGAGGGUGCACUACAAAACUGUGCAUUUGCGAGAAAUGCACAAGUGCAAAGUCCCUGGUUGCAAUAUGAUGUUUUCCUCUGUGCGAAGCCGAAAUCGGCACAGUCAGAACCCUAAUCUCCACAAAAACAUUCCCUUCACUUCAAUAGAUUAGUCCCAGAACGGACACUACAAAUGCCAGCUCUCACCAGAUGGCCUACAUCUUUGAACUGCCAUAGUCAGUGUGCGCUUACCUACGCGGCGGGGGUGGAUAUGUGUGUGCACAUGUGUAUGCCUCUGUGUCUACAUACACACACAUACAACACAUUUUCUUUUCUUUAGAUAAAAAGAUAAACACUAGGUGCUUUUGAAUUUUUUUUCUUUUUCCUUUAUAGUUUUGGUAAAGGGAUGGGAUCUUUAAUUCGGGGGUGAAAACAGAGUGCCCCUUUAAACACACACACACACACACACACACACACGCACACGCACACGCACACCGUGCAGCUAGCCCCAAUUUUGAUAGAAUAAUUCUUGGUCUUCUCCAAAGAGACAAUUUGUUGUACCCAUGACUGUUGCCUGCAAAAAAUAAAAGGGAAAAAAGAAAAAAGAAACAAAAAGGAACUUCUUAUAGUUGUCUUUUGUGAACUUUAAGGUUUUGAGAGAAUCUUCAAUUAAAGCAUGGCAGAUUCACCUGUAAAUAUUUAGCCUUGAGAGGCCAAUGAUGUAAAACAAUUGUAUUGAUGGUCGUUUAACUCUUUUGUUUAAUUUUUACAGUUACAUCCAGCUGUUAGAUAUGCAGGAAAAAAUAGUUUGCUGGCUAGCUCUAUUCAUUUAUGUUAGCAUUAAUGCACAUUUUUUUUUUUUUUUUAAACAUGGUCUUGUUUUUACUACCUGUUAGAUAUAGUGAUAAAGAGGUGCUGGCAUGCUUUACAGCACAGAUCUGAUUUUUUAAAAUGUCCUGUACUAGUACAUAAAUCCAGUCAUGCACUUUUUAUCAUACACUACAAGGGGAUGUGUAAUAU